CGGGCGGCAAGGACGGUGUCCGGGAAGUGCCAACAAUCAGCAGCGGUUCCGGCGGCCGGGAGGCUCGGGGAGAGAGUGAUUUAAACAGUUCGGUUAUCAUACUUUUCAGAGCCAUACUUUGAAAAAUGACCAGUCCUGCUAAUGUUGAAGCCCAGCUUUCUGAACUGGAACUACUGCUCAGCAUGUUUCCAAAUGAACUUUUAGUGGAUGAUCAGUUGGCUUUAAUAGAUCUCAAAGAAUAUGUGCAGGGAAAGAUUCUGAUCCCACCAACCUCAAGACUGCAAUACACAGUACAACUCCAGCUGGAUACUCCUAAUGUUGUUUGUGCGUUAUCUUGCUCCUUUCCUCCAAAUUAUCCAGCAGUGAUUCCAGAAAUUUCAAUAAGAUCAGAUGCUUUAUACAGAACACAGCAAGCACAAUUAAAUAUAGACCUUCAUGAGUAUCUAAGACAAAAUUGUUGUGGUGAGAUUUGCAUGUUGAAUGCAGUUGAAUGGAUCAAAGACCAUGCAGCCAAAUACAUGAGUAAACAAACUAUUGCAACUGAAAACAGACAACCUGCCGGAACCAAAAAUGUAACUUGUACCCGACUCUGGAUCUACAGUCAUCACAUCUAUAACAAAGAAAAGAGAAAGAAUAUUCUCGAGUGGGCAAAAGAACUUUCACUUACUGGCUUCAGUAUGCCUGGCAAACCUGGUGUGAUUUGUGUGGAAGGGCCACAGAGUGCAUGUGAAGAAUACUGGGCAAGAGCCAAACGGUUGACCUGGAAGAGGAUUCUAAUCCGCCACAGAGAAGAUACUAUAUUGGACAUCACAAAUAUUGACAUGGAGACUGCAAUGCAAAUGUUUCGCAAAUUUACUGAUUUUGAAGAAAAAAUAUUUGAUGUACGUGGUACCAAGGGAAAUCAUAUGGAUUUGGGACAACUGUACCAAUUUUUAAAUGAAAAGGAAUGUGGAGAUGUUUUUCAAUUGUACUUUGGUGUUGAAGGAAGAACAUUGUAAAUUAUUUGGGCAUUUACAACAUUCUACAUUUAUAGCAAGGAAAAAAAAGAUCAAAUGUACUAUGUCAUGCUGUCAAGGUUUUCCAAUUAAAUAAUACAAUCCAGUAACCUAAUCAGCUACAAACAUUAGAAAUCUGGUUACAUUUAUGAAAAAAUCCUAAUUGUUGAAUCAUUAGUUACAGCAGAGAAGGAUGCCAUUCAGCCAGUUGUGCCUUUGUCAGCUCUUGAAAUGAUGACUUUAUUCAAUUCAUUUAUUCAACUAGCUAUUUAAUAUUUUUAAUUGUUUGUAUGUUGCUUUAGUUUUGAAUCAGUUUAGCAAUCUUAUGAUUCCAAUCUUUAAUCUAUGAUUUUAUAUAUAUCUAGUCAUGGUUAUAGUGGAUGUUUGGUUAAUUAAUCAAUGCCAGAGAAGUAGCUAUAUGUAUUGAAACACUAACUGUAAUUCCUACCAAAGAUAACCUCUCAAAAACAAAGUUAAAUUAAUCAAUUGUGAUAAUUUGCAAAACUAUGUAGCAGGAACAUAUUCAAUUAAUUUGUAUUGAGGACAGUAAUAUUCCAAAUGGUAAUAGUCAUAAAAAAGUCUUUUAGAUUUGUUAUCUAGACUGCUUGAUUAGGUUAAGAGGCUUGCUAUAAUUAUUCUUUUUCAAAAAUGCAUUGUUUUUAUUAUUUACAAACAGUUUGAUUUAUGGCAAAUUAUCACAAACUGCUUAUAGAAGCUAGAAGUUAUAAACUGAUAGUAUUCAAACAACAUUUGAAUAUAAACUUGAGCUCCCAUAACUUACAGGGCUACAGGUGAAGAGCUGCAAAGUGGUAUUAGACUGUUAAGUUCUUUUUUUUCUGAGGUUCUUACACACUUGAUGCAAUUGCAACACACCAACUUCUGUGAACAAGGAACAUUUUCUUAAGCACAGUACAAUACAAGCUUUGGAGAAACCCUGAUCACUCUUCACUAUGGAAGUGUGUCCUGGGAAGUUCUCUCUGAGCAAAGGAAACAGUCCUUCCUUUAUACAAAAUCUUUUCAUCAGUCAGUAAUGCUCACAAGACAAUCCCCAGCCACUCCCUCACAGUCACAUGCCACUCAAGACACAAUGCAGCGAACACAUAAUCUCCAGAAACAAUGUAGUACAAAUCAUCCUUUAGUGGCCAGAUCUGGUGUGAAGUGUAUUUUUCUUAACUACUGGGAGUAGUCAAAUUCCAAAUGUAAUGUUGUUAUUGAUUUCUGAAUAGGGGAUGAAAAUAUAAAUAGGCUUUUGAAAGGCAAGGAAAUGGCUAUGUAAAUGGGUCUGAAUAAUAGGAGAUGAUAAUAUAAUUCCUUACAAUCUAUCUGUAAGUCAGAUGGAUCCCACCCUAGCCUCGGAACAUCCAAUUUCCUGCAGGUCAGCAGAGCAAAUUCACUCUUUAAUAUCAGAAGGCCAGAUAAUUCUUUUUCAGCUAGUUUCGAGGCAUUGGGCUGAAUGUCCUCUGAAACAUCAAUAUAAAAUCCACAGGUAUUCCCAGAAAUUUCUGUGCCAUAGAUUUUCUAUGUUUCUAUAUAGAUACUUUUUGUAAUAAAAGUGAUGCUGAAUUUUCUUUUUGCAUUCUCAAGAAUAACGUGUUUCAAUACACUUUGCUGGUUGUGUGCUUCCAACAACCCACCUAAUCUAUCUUUUCUUCUCCUCCUAAUUACUUGUCAUAACAGCCUUUCAAUUCCUGAUCUUAAUCGACUAAAUUCAGGGGGCUGGUUAGCUCAGUUGGCUUGUUUAUGAUAUCAAAGUGUAGGUUCAAUUCCUGUGUGGGCUGAGGUUAUCAUGAAGGACUCUCCUCAAUCUCACCCCUUGCCUGAGGUGUGGUGACUCUCAGGUUAAACUCAACACCAAGUGACUUUAAUGCAAGAGCAGCCCUAUGGUCUUCUCACACUGUGGUGACUUGACUUUUUUACUCAAUUGCCAGGCUUUGAUUUUUCCCCUAUAACUAUUCCAAAA